AUGAAUAGAACUCAAUUACCGAUUUUAGAUCAACUCCAAAACAAGGGCCUUAUCAAUCAAGUCAUCACAUUUGAUCAUGAGCGCUAUCCCCGCUUUUGGGAUGUAGCGAUUGACGCCGGUCAAUAUGGCUGGAAGACAGGGAUCGUAAAUGAUGCCCGUGUACGAUACGGUGGUGUACUUGUCUGGCUCGAUGCAGGCAAUCAAGUGACCAAAGAUUUUAUCCUCAACAUCAAAAGUGUCAUUCAGUCAGAAGAAUACCAUGGCUUUUGGUCUCCCAAGAGCGAUCAUGGCAUGGGUCGAUGGACUCACCGCGGCAUGUUUAAGUUUUUCGGUGCAAACGAAAAGGAAUACCGAUACAAGUCGAAUUGUAAUGGCGCUGCGAUCGGGUUUGACACAGAUAAUUCUACAAUAGUCAAUACUUUGAUUGCACCUUGGUUUGAAUGUGCACUUCAAAAGAACUGUAUUGCUCCUCCUGGAUCUAGUCGAUUGAAUCAUAGACAAGACCAAGCUGUGUUGACCUAUUUAGCUUAUUUGAAUGGACACCAAUGUGUAGUGCAUCCAAAGCAAUUCUUUGAGUUGUUAACUCAUCGUGAUGUUGCCUGUCAUACAAGCUUAAUGGAAUUGGACUUACAAGGCAAAUUACAUCAUCCUUCAGCUAUAGAUUCACCCAAAUGGGAGCGUGUAGAUACAAUAGCAUUGUACAAUCAUCCUGAAUGGAAAUACGCCCCAGAUGAAGUGCCUGUAAAUAUAAAAAGACCAAGUACACCUUUACAAUAA